CUCCUUUGACGAUGAAUGAAGCUCAUAAGAUAAUGACGUCACCAAAAGGGCGAGACCUGUUUGUGCUUUGAGUAAACGAGACAGUAUGUAGAAAUGUUGAUACACUAGUUUGGAUUGACGCGAGCGAGAGUACACAUAUCCUGAAAGUUGUUACUGGUAUCUGAGUACCCGUUCAUCGAAUCGAAUCUAUAUCCAGGAAGACAAUGGAACGUUUACUUAGGACCACACUCAUACUAUCGUGUCUGUUAGCGAUUUUUCAAGGUCUGUUCUGCAACGGCGCCCUCACCGUGUUGGUCGAUAACGACAAAAUUGGUUACAUUGGCCAGACGGAGCUUACGCUCUACUGCAGUUAUAGCGGCGGCCCUGAUACUCCGGACACGGUGACCAUUGAAUGGCACAAGGCUGACGAUACUUUGGAAAGUGGCUGGCAUUUGGUGGCCCGAGGCGGAGACGGCACCGGUGUUGUUCAUACAGUUACAGACGAUGACAAAUACGAACUGAUGUUGGCAACGCUAAAAAUUCUCUCACUGGACGAGGCUGAUACUGGAAGGUACAGGUGUUCAGUAACCGUUGAAUAUCCGAGGGAGUCGGCGGAGGGCGCUCUAAGCCUGAAUGUCAUCGACGGAAGUAACCAGCCACAGCCCACAACAGGUGCCGAGGGAACAUCUGGAAAUCAGGUUGUCGACGAUAAUGGUGGCACCGCUCGGGGGAAACCCACAAACAUUUUACUUGUUUUUAGUGCUCUGUUACUGUGCCGUUAUCUUUUGUAAAUUUGACAUAUAUGACAUGAAUUUUGCCUGAAUCCCGUGGCAAACUAUUUACUGAAAUUGAUUACAAACAUUGCGUACCGAAAUAUAUCGUCUGCCGGGUUUUCCCGCCAAUCACUCUUGUUUGUUUUGUAAAUGAAAAUUUCGAGAGUUGUUAUCACAUACAACGUAGCAUUGCGCCACCGUUUCUCUGAAACCUCAGCCCAGAUAUAUAAUAUUUUAAUUUUAUUUCGGUGUUUAAAUUAAAUAACUCGAAUAACCGGGACUUUUGCCAGAACUGAUCAAAAGUCACAUGGUCGUUUUAUAAAUGUUAAAGGGGAACAAAAUAGAGCCUAUUUUGGUGUUUGUAUUUAUCAAGUUAUGUAUAUUGAUAAUAAAUUUGAAAAAAAAAAUGAAAAAAAAA